AUGGCAACAAACUCGUACCAACAUUCCCACCCUGGAGAAAAUGGGAUCAAGGUGACCAUGGAAGCCGAAGACAUUGAUCAUCGAUUCAACCAUCGCGGUUGUCCCAGGAUCUUGCUAGUUGCAAUGACCUUGAUGGCUGCUGUGAUAUACUGGAUGGCUGUUGUGGAUUAUGCCUCUACGUUUCCACAGAAACAGCAGAAACAGCAAUUAGUGGAUUUGGAUUCGCUCACCAUGUCGCAUCACAAUGAUAACCGUGACAACAGCAGCCAUCAAACAGAAAAAAACAACUGGUAUGACUAUCGUCAACAGUCGGACAACGGCAACGUGCCCGAUUGGAACGAUGAAAAGGGCCGCUACAACUGGCAAAAGUGCCUGGAAUCUGACGAUCCCGAUUGCUGGGAGGAUGAAGGAGAUCGUGUUCACAACUUUUGGCAAGACUUUGGACUGCGCAUGAAGACCUAUUGGCAAAACUUUAGGGCGUCGAUUCGAAAUUUCUUUCAUGGUGGUGACAAGGGAGCGCAAUCCGGUGCCGAAGCGGGAGAGAUUGCUGACAGUGGUGAUACUACUGAGUCUCAUCCCCUUGAAGAACACCACAAGAACCACACGAAAGAUCAUAAGAAGCAUGCUGUCGAGCCAGAAGAACACACCGAUCACGAACCAGCCGAGACAACAGCAACUGAGUCUGACUCAGCUCAAGAUACAGCUGAGGAGCCUGCCGUAGUGGAUGCAGACCCUAACGACGAAGAAGGAGAUACGGGGGAUGCACUGCCAGCCGCAGCUUACUCUGAUGCUGAUGGAGAAGGCCACGAGAUUGAACCAGCCGUCGCAGUGACAGUAGGCAAACCUGAUGACGUAGCUGUAGAUGAAUCUGCUGCUGCGCCAGAGGGGAACGCUGUUGCGACUGACGGUCUCGCAGCUGUGAACGCCACCACAAGUGAAGAUGUCGCAGCUGUCAACGAUACUCUCCGCAUCUAG